UUGUCCAAAAAUGAAGACCCAGUCCGAGUACAAUUUGACUUGUUGCUCAAAUGCCCAGAUGAGAUUAGUGAUGAACCAGUGAAAGUUGUUUCUAAGAGAAAAAGGGGUAGAAAGAGCAAGAAUAGUGAGAAUGAUAUCUUUUGUGCACAGGUUCUAGUAAAGAAGAACAUCUGUUUCAGGUCGAAGGACGAGUACGACGUCGCCGAUGUCAUGCAUUUCCUGCACGUCGGAUUUCGCUGUGAUGGCCAACCGUUUCCCGCGGUCGAAGGCAGAGCGAGCUUCCCUCUUGAUUCUUGUCGUUGUAGUCGUACCACUCGAGUUGGUCAGCUUCUUUCGGUCGUACCGCAACCGGCGUGUGAUGAGCGUAUCGAAUGCGUGCUGGAUGCCGCGCGAGUCCUAGCGAUAUGGUGGGAUUCAGGAUCCGUUUCUCUAAAGGUUCAGCGGAUCAUGGACAAGUCAUACAAGGUGCUGACUCCCAAAGCGAUAGGAUUCGCAUACGCUUUCUUCCGACAUCGCUGUCUCCAUGUCUCGAUUAUGGCGGGGACUGUGCCGCAGGAAGCUCCGUUACGUCAUUCGCAGCUCCCGGGAUGGCCUUGCGAUGCAACGAGGGUCAUCGAAUACGGGUGGAGAAUCGCGAAGAAUCUAGAAUGGGAGACUAUUGCGCAGUCAGUGCAGUAUGGGCAAGAACAUGGGCGUAUCGUCGUCGUCGUACCGGAAGUCCUGCACAGGAUCAAGUUUUGUCACACGAGCCCAAACAUGGCCAUAUUCUAUUACAAGUCAUUCCGAGAGAUACGUGCUACGAAUACGGCCAUCUUGUGGAUAGCAGACCGCCGAAUCGGUGACAGGGGAUCGGCGCAGAGAUCGAUUCGACUGGAUGAGCGGGAUCGUUUGAAUGCUUUUGGCGCGAAGCUGCGCGGCGAAACGGUACCCAUAGAAAAUUCGGGAAACCGUGAUGUGGAAAUGCGGAGGAGCGCCACCUGCUUGAGGAGCUGGGAGCAGCCUCAAGAGUCAGUUGAAGCCAGAAGAAGGAGCUGCAUGAGCUCUAAAAGACACGGGAAAGAAGUCAAGCGUGAAGCAAUACCAGCACUACCAGAUGUAAAAGUAUAUUCGGGUAGUGAUAGAGACUAUACAUGGGAUAGCUUUACGGAGGCGUUCCUGUUGAAGUAUCCUAGGCAUAAGCUGUCAAGCAAAGAACUUAAGAAUGUUGCUCAAAUCCAAGUUAAGUGGUAA